UCCACAAAACAGAGACGAACUGGUGAAGUUGAAUUUAUUGCCUCAACGCUGCAGAUUCCAGUCAUCAGCGUCGUCCAGAGUGAAUUCAAACGCCAGACACAGAACUUACUCCAUUUCCAGAUGGCCAUGCAAAAUCCCCAAACCUCUCAAGCCAAUCUCAUCUUCUCCCUGCUGUCCAUGAAUAACUGGUUUGAUGUCAGUCUGGUGAUGUGUCAACAGAUGAACAUUUCAGACUUUGUUUUCUUGCUCCACAACAACUCCAAAUUUCACCUGGGAACCGUCCUUAAGAUUUCCACCAACAGCAGCUCCAAAAACGACUUUCACAUAUUCCUGCAAGCCCAACUGGAGUCCAUCAAGGACUCGACAUCUACCUUAGUGACCUUCGGAUGUGACAUCAGGGAUAUUAGGAGAAUCUUCACCACCAUUGCAAAGUUUGGUUUGAUUCUUCCUGAUUACCACUGGAUUAUAGGAGACUCUCAAAAUGUGGAGGAAUUACGGACCGAGGGGCUCCCUAUGGGUCUUCUUGCACACGGGCGUAUGGGCGAGCCUUCGCUGGAUCACUAUGUCCAGGAUGCUCUGGAGCUGGUGGCGCGAGCGGUGGGAUCUGCCGCCACUGUCUCUCCAGAGCUGGCACUGAUUCCUGGCACCACGAACUGCCUGGCAAGGCUUGAGGCUAAAAAUCUCACAUCAGGAAUCUUUCUGUCCAGAUACAUGGCCAGCACUUCUUUUGACGGCCUGAGCGGCUGCAUCAGUGUUCAAGAGGAAUCCACCAUCAUCUCUGAAAGCCAUCACUUCAUAUGGAAUCUACAACAUGACCCAAUAGGGAAGCCCAUGUGGACCCGUCUUGGCAGCUGGAAGCAUGGCAAGGUGGUUAUGGAUUAUGGUGUUUGGCCCAACAAGAGACGGUCCCAGCCUGGAGCAGACUGGCGUCAUUCCUCACGUCUACACUUACGAGUCGUCACCCUAGUAGAACACCCGUUCGUCUUCACUCGAGAUGUUGAUGAAGAAGGUUUGUGCCCGGCUGGCCAGCUGUGCCUUGACCCCCUAACAAAUGAUACAGCCUUACUGGAAAGUCUUUUUCAGGGUUUGCAGGGUGCCAAUGACACCGUCCCGCUGGAAUUUAAAAAAUGCUGCUACGGUUAUUGUAUUGAUCUAUUGGAGAAGCUGGCAGAGGACAUGGGGUUUGAUUUUGACCUCUACAUUGUGGGAGAUGGAAAGUACGGAGCGUACAAGAACGGUCGCUGGACGGGGCUAGUCGGGGAUCUCAUGAGCGGUGCGGCACAUCUGGCUGUCACUUCUUUUAGCAUCAACUCAGCACGCAGUCAAGUCAUUGACUUCACCAGUCCUUUCUUUUCCACCAGUUUGGGAAUCCUUGUCAGGACUAGGGAUACUGCGGCACCUAUUGGCGCCUUCAUGUGGCCCCUGCACUGGAGUAUGUGGCUUGGGAUAUUUGUGUCUUUACAUGUCACGGCUGUGUUCCUGACUUUAUAUGAAUGGAAAAGUCCUUUCGGAAUGACCCCGAGGGGUAGGAACAGGGACCGAGUCUUUUCUUUCUCCUCUGCGUUAAAUGUUUGCUACGCAAUCUUAUUCGGCAGAACUGCCGCCAUUAAGCCACCCAAGUGUUGGACCGGCAGAUUCCUCAUGAACCUCUGGGCCAUAUUCUGCCUGUUCUGCCUGUCAACAUACACAGCAAAUCUCGCAGCUGUAAUGGUUGGUGAGAAAACCUACGAGCAACUCUCAGGUAUACAUGAUCCCAAGCUCCAUCAUCCAUCACAAGGUUUCCGCUUUGGAACCGUUCGGGAGAGCAGCGCUGAGGACUAUGUGAAAAAAAGCUUCCCAGAGAUGCAUGAAUACAUGAGACGAUAUAAUGCCCCUACGACCCCUGAUGGGAUAGAUCAUCUUAAGGAUGAUCCCCAAAAGCUUGAUGCUUUUAUAAUGGACAAAGCUCUUUUAGACUAUGAAGUGUCUAUUGAUGCAGACUGCAAGAUGCUGACAGUGGGAAAGCCUUUUGCAAUUGAAGGCUAUGGUAUUGGGCUCAAACAGAACUCCCCUCUGACUUCAAAUAUCUCAGAGUUGGUCAGUCAGUACAAAUCUGAUGGAUUUAUGGACAUGCUGCAUGAUAAGUGGUACAAGGUGGUGCCGUGUGGUAAAAGAAGCUUUGCAGUCACUGAGACUUUACAGAUGGGGAUAAAGCACUUCUCAGGGUUAUUUGUCAUGCUAUGCAUUGGAGUGGCCCUGUCUCUCCUCACCACCCUGGGUGAACACAUCGUCCAUCGCUGGGUGAUUCCGAGAAUGCAGGAGUCCACACAGCAUAAGUACUGGCUCCACACCAGUCAAAGAUUACAUCGAGCACUUAACCCGACUUUCAAAGAAGACAAAUUGCAGACAGUUGCAAAACCUGAGAAAAGCUGCAAUGUUGGAAACAACCAGCAAAUGCCAUGGAACUCUUUGGGAACCCCCAACUGCAACAGACGAAAACUGUCCAAUCAAGAGGGACAAAAUGACCUGGAAUGCUGCCAUUGUAAAGAACUGCUGUGUUCACAGGAGAAGAGGCAGCUUCCAUUACAGGCCACUUCUAACGGAAGAACCGACUUACUGGGUCUCGCCCAGAACCCAAUUGUACAGGAAUUAACAGACCUGGAAACGCAAAUCCAGCUUAUCAAAAAGCAACUACAGCUUGCAAUGAAGAAGAAAAAAGAGCUGGAGCAGUAUCAGAAGACAAAGACUUCAACCGAGUCCUAGACUCGUGGAAGAUUUGGCUGGAGUUUUAUGAGUUGCGUUGUUCAAAGUCUUGGACCUACCGGUUGAUUAAUUCAAUUGCAGCUCCUAAGGGAAGCAAGACUUUCUCAGCACUUUCUUCGAAGCCUUUUUGUUAUUUGUUUUUAUGUUUCAUUUCUCAUUGAACUGAACUUGAACGAAAGGACAUACGGGAAAAUAUGAAGUCAAAAUUGGAUAAGCAGUGUGUAUUUCUGUAUUCCCAGAAGUUCAGUUCUGGGAAUACCUUGUUUUUAAUGCAGCGACGUGACAAAGACAGCGAGUAACUGCAUAAAAGGAAGACAUUUAUGUGUCAAAAUGACAUUUAUUUAAGGUGUCAAAGUGAUGUACGGUAGCAUUUCCUGCAUAUUGAUACGCAGGGCUGAGAAGAUUUUUUUUUUAAAGAAGAAAGCCACACAGUUUUCUCUGUAACAAGAAAGUGUUAACCUUGAACACGCUGUCAACCUUGAGUGGUUAUGUUUCUAUGGAUUAA